AGAUAGGAAUGGGGAGGAUCCUUCGUAGCUGCCUGCAAUCUAUGCUGAAGAUGGUCAACUCGGUGGGCAGCUGUGUCGGGGUGGUGUUCAUCCUCUAUGGCCUCUGGAUGAUGAGUGUCUGGAACCGCGAAUUCCAUUACGAUCCAACGCUGCCAUGGUUCAUUUACACCUCCCUUGGACUAGGAGUUUCUUUGUUUUUGGUAGCAUGCUUUGGCCAUAUAGCUGCAGAAACAUCUAAUGGAUUCUGUAUUUCUUUUUACAUGGUUUUAAUCUUCUUAUUUGUCAUGUUGGAGGCUGCAACAACUGCAGAUGUAAUUCUGAACAAAGAUUGGGAGGAGGAUUUUCCAGACGACACAACUGGGCGAUUUAAUGAGUUUAAGAAUUUUAUUAGGUCAAACUUUGAGUUUUGCCAAUCGGUUUGUUUAACUAUUGUGACUGCUCAGGGAAUGUCCAUCUUCUUGGCCAUGAUUCUCAAGGCUCUCGGUCCAAACAGUGGAAGCUCCUAUGACAGUGAUGAUGAUUUUGUGAAUGCAAGGGUUCCCCUCUUAUGGAACCAGGUCCAGCAAGGAGCAACAUAUGUUUGUGGCCCUCUGGUUCCAUAUAAGAAUGACUCUCGGAAUGUUCGGUAA